AUGUCCAAACACUCCGUGGACAGCCCACCGCCCGACUACAAGGCCGAGGACCUGCAGAUUGAGAACGAAAAGGGCUCGCCCGUGACUGCGGAUCUCAAAGAAUUGGCCGAGCGAGGUCACGCCGUCACCGACGAAAAUGGCCAAGUUCUCUUCCAUUUCGACCCCGUCGCCGAGAAAAAGCUUCUACGCAAGAUAGAUCUUUGGGUUGUGCCGACUGUUGCAAUGCUUUACCUCUUCUGUUUCAUCGAUCGGGCUAACAUUGGAAACGCGAAGAUUGCUGGGCUCGAGAAGGACUUGAAGAUGAAGGGGUACGAUUACAACAUCCUCCUCACUGUUUUCUAUGUUCCCUACAUUUUCUUCGAGAUUCCUUCGAAUGUCGCUUGCAAGUACUUCGGCCCUAAGAUCUGGAUACCUUUUCUAUGUCUUGGAUUUGGCGUAAGUGUCGAAAUGCGCGCAGAAAUCGACUUUUUCGGCGGUGGAUGGGUGGUGUUCAUCCAAUGCGAGGUCUCAGAUGCUAACUGCCAGCUCAUGUCUCUCGCUACGGCCUUCGUGAAGAACUUCCACGCCGCCAUCGCUGUCCGUUUUCUCCUCGGCGUCUUCGAGGCCGGAGUGCUCCCCGGUAUCGCCUACUACCUCUCUCGCUGGUACCGCAAGGCUGAGCUCGUCUUCCGUCUCGCGCUGUACUUCUCCAUGGCUCCGCUUGCUGGCGGGUUCGGUGGCCUGCUUGCGUCAGGACUCGUCACCCUCAAAAUCGGCAGUCUGCACGGGUGGCCCUCGCUGUUCCUCGUUGAGGGUAUCAUCACCAUGGGCCUGGCGAUUAUCUCCUACUUCACGAUGACUGACCACCCCUCUACUGCAUGGUGGUUAUCUGCGGAGGAGAAGGCGCUCGCGAUUGCCCGCGUGAAGAGCGAGAACGUGUCAACCACCGAGAUCACCGAGAAACUCGACAAGACCAAGCUCGUAAGAGGCAUCGUGAACCCCAACACGAUGGCUGUGUCCUGGAUCUUCCUGCUCGUCAACAUCACAGUGCAGGGUAUUGCUUUCUUCACCCCUACCAUCAUCGCCACCAUCUACCCGAACGCCUCGGUCAUUCGCAAGCAGCUGUGGACCGUGCCGCCGUACAUGGUCGGUUUCGCGGUCAACCUCAUUGUUCCCUUUAUCAGCUGGAAGAUCAACAAGCGUCUUCCGAUCUUCAUCAUCUCGGCCUGUCUUCCGAUUAUCGGCUAUAUUAUGUUCCUCGCGACAGACACCGGCGACGGCAAAGCGCGCUAUGCCGCUGUCUUCCUCAUCGUCAGUGGCGCCUUCCCCUUCGGCUGUCUUUGCAAUGCUCAGGCGGCCGUCAACGUGCUCAGUGACAGCGCACGCUCGACAGCGAUCGGCUGGAACGUCAUGAUCGGCAACAUCGGCGGUCUCAUCUCCACCUGGUCCUUCCUCCCCAACGACAGUCCCAACUACCCCAUCGGUAAUGGCCUCAACCUCGCGGGCAACGCAACCAUUCUCCUUACCUCCGUCGCCUUGCUCAUCUACCUCAAGGCAGACAACAAGAGGAGGUCCAAGGUCGACGUUCACCAGUUCCUGGAGGGCAAGUCGCCGAAAGAGAUCCAGGACCUCGACUGGAAGAACCCGGCGUUCAGGUGGCACAUUUAG